AUGUUCCUGGUGCGUAUCUCAUCGGAGCAACGGCACCGUUUACAAUACUGCUUUACGGAAUUACCGUAUACUUUGCCAAAAAAUCAAAAGAAUAGAUGUCUCAAGUCUGGUGAAGUUGCUAUCGCUAAGAGAACUGAGAAAGUGAUCGAUUUGAGGCUUAUGAAUGUCACGACGGCUUACCUUACUCUUGAGUUCACUGUAUCUGCAAAUACAGAAGGACCAGCUAAACGCUUUGUAGAAAGAGUUAUCAUCGAUGGAGCUCUGCCAGCCAGACGCAUAGCAGUGACGAGCGGGCUGGUCAUAGAUUUCGUUACCAUUUGCGACAGAUAG